GUUUUAAUUAACCGUUGCAGUACAUGGUGAGAUAUGGCCCUUCUAUGUAUGAGAGGUUGUAUAUUUGAAGCAGAUGUCUUUCCGAAAGAUGUAUAGAUUGUGAACCUCUCUAAGUCGCACUCACUACUCAAUGACAUUUAACCCCUGAAAUGAGGAUAAUGCUGAACGGUCAGAAAUUGAACCCUGUCAUUUUAGACAUGAGGUUUAGAAUGCGGCCCCAGCACAGUGACAGCUGUACAGGCUCAUUACUGUCACUGUUAGUCUCACCAACUUUCUCCCAACACGGUACAUUGUUCAAGAAGUACGAACGAAUUAGUUCCUCUGGAUUGUAUCAACUUCAAGCACUAAUUAUCACCAAAGCAUACAGGGCGCUGUCUAAACAAAGGUCAAAAUGAAGGGAGACGAUGCCCGGCAGAGAAAAAAAGAGGGGAGAGCCAAGAAUGGGGAGCGUUCCAAGCAAAGAGGAAAGAACAGAAGCAAACACAAUGAGAGCCGUGCUGCUGCCCGGGAGGUAGUGGAGGAACAGAUGCCACUCAUCCCAGAAAAGCGCCCACCUGAGAAAAAGGCACCCAUGAAAAGGCCAGGGGAUGAAGCAGCCACAACCAUUGCCUUGCAGGUGAUUUUCCCAUACCUCCUUGCAGGGCUGGGCAUGGUGAUGGCAGGAAUGGUGUUGGAUAUGGUUCAGCAUUGGGAUGUCUUUAAAACAAUCACAGAAAUCUUUAUUCUGGUGCCGGCAUUGGUGGGUCUUAAAGGUAACCUGGAAAUGACACUGGCAUCCCGACUCUCUACAGCAGCAAAUACCGGGCAGUUGGAUGACCAGAAAGAGAGGUGGAAGUUAGCCAUUAGUAACUUGGCGUUAAUUCAGGUUCAGGCCACAGUGGUCGGGCUUCUGGCUGCUAUUGCUGCUGUCAUCUUGGGUGCCAUGUCUAAAGGUUACGUGGAGAUGGACCAAGUUUUUGUACUCUGUGCCAGUAGCGUCACCACAGCAUUCAUAGCGGCUCUGUCCUUGGGAAUAGUUAUGAUUUGUGUCAUCAUUGUAUCAAGAAAGGUUGGGGUAAACCCAGACAACGUUGCAACUCCAAUAGCAGCCAGUCUCGGAGAUUUGAUCACUCUUUCACUGCUGGCAGGAAUUAGCAGCACUCUGUAUUCCUAUAGAGAUUAUCAGUACUUAUCCCCUGCUAUCUGUGCCAUCUUCAUUAUCUUGAUCCCACUGUGGGUGAUAAUAGCCAAACAAAGCCCAUCCAUUGCCGAGGUUCUGAAAUCUGGCUGGCAGCCUGUAAUUGUGGCCAUGUCUAUAAGCAGCACUGGUGGCCUGAUUCUGGACAAGACUGUUACAGACCCCAAAUUUGAAGGAAUGGCUGUAUUUACACCGGUUAUUAAUGGUGUUGCUGGUAACCUGGUUGCCAUACAGGCUAGCCGAAUCUCAACCUUCCUUCACUUCUGGAGUGUGCCUGGUGUGUUACCGCACCGAAUGAAGCAACACUGGCCGGACCCGUAUACCACCUUUUUCUCUGCAGGUGUCAAUUCGAAAUCUGCUAGAGUAUUAUUCUUGUUGGUGGUCCCUGGGCACCUGCUCUUCCUCUACACAAUCUACUUCUUACAGGGAGGGCACAUCUCUCUCACUCCACUGUUUGUGACACUAUAUUUGGCUGCUGCCCUGCUGCAGGUUGCCAUUCUGCUGUAUAUUGCUGACCUCAUUGUGCGGUUCGUAUGGAGAAAAGAACUCGAUCCUGACAACUUCUCAAUCCCUUACCUCACAGCCCUCGGGGACCUCCUUGGGACAGGGUUCCUGGCACUGUGCUUCCGGAUAGUUUACCUUAUCACAGGAUGAUAGAACAAUAUGUUUUUAGCACCAGAAUGACACUAUAGAGGUGUGUUUCAACCCCCCCAUCCCCCUCUAUUUAACAACCCGCCAUGAUUUUAAGAAAGAAAAAAGGUAUUCUAUAAAACAACUACAUUUCUCUAACCAUUUGGUUAAAAAUACCUAUGAUUAAUAUUUAAAAACCUGCACCACAUUUAUUUAAGAAUUAUUAUAAUUUUUUUUUUUAAGUAUAUGUUAAUCAGACUUUGUUGGUUUAAAAUGAAGUAUUGGAAUGAGAAAAUUACUCCAAAAGACCCUGAAAUAAGGCUUUAGUGUUUACAGUGCACAGGAAUAGAAACACAGUUUGAGCCAGGAUUGUUUCAUUAUUUUGAAAAAACUAUUUUGUGGUUUGUUUGUUUUAAACAUUUGUAAUGCAUUCUCUGCUCAGGAAAGCUAUAUGUAGUGAAGGAGUUAAUGGGUUUGAUAAAACCUCACAGUGCCUGCCAGCAGGUAAAUAUGGGAUAAACCACAGAGCACACAGAACAAGGGGGGGGACUGUUCCCACCUCAAUAGAGACUUAUUCACACACUGGCCUCCUGUUUACCGACUCACUGGCCAUUCCGUUACAUGGCACACCACUCUAACUGUUCACCCCAAACCUAGUGAAGAAAGAACCACAGAAGUGGAACGGGGAGCACAUUUUAAAAUCGCAAAAACGUUCACACUUUGCAAAAAGGAGUCGUGUUGAGAUGGGCAAAAAUAGACAAUAUGGAUUGGAGGGGGAAAUAAAUCCAUCCUGCAGUAAAAUGUGUUACUCUAUACGUAGAGACCCAUCUUGUUUUGGAUCCAAGUACAAAUUCUAAGCAGAAAAGUAAAGCAAGUUGUGUAUUUAUUUUUAUAUUUGGAUGAAUUGUGUUUUAAUAAAAUCAUACUUCCAAUAUGGAGAUCUGUACCAUUA